ACUUUAGGAAACCCACAAAACCUGAAUGGUUGUUUUCGUGAGGUCGUGUUCUGCUCCGUUUUGAUUUCGCGGUGUAAUGUAUAUAGAGUGAUCCAUAAUGAGCGGACCGGGAGGACCGAAGGUCAAGGCCUUCAACAUAAACCCCCUGGCGAAGAAGUUGGCGGUGAAAGACAAAUUCAGAAAAGAGGAAGAAGACAAGGCUGCUGCAGAGGCAUAUGAAGAGUUCCUCGCAUCUUUUGAAGAACCUGCUAAACAUGGAAAGCUGUUUGUUCGUGGUAGUGUCAUCAAUGCAGGCUCCGGUGAAGAGAAAGCGACUGCCCAGACGGGUAAGCUUUAUAAGCCCCCUAAGCUCACAGAAGCCACGAGGAGGAUGGAGGAGUCUCAGUCUCGUCAACAGCAGCCACAACAGCAACAGCAGCACGACUUUCACUCGCCCUCUGCUCAGAGUGCAGCUGCAAGAGAAAAGGCAAAAAAGAAAGAAAAGGAGAAGAAAAAAAGUAACUUGGAGCUCUUCAAAGAAGAACUCAAGAUUAUCCAAGAGGAACGUGAGGAGCGAUACAAAUUGAAGGGUGCCCUCAAGGACAACCUCAAAAAGGGAGAUAGUGACCUGCAAAUCAGGCUUGCGGAUGACUACCGUUACCCAAGCCUGGGAAGCUUCGACACAGGAGACCCCAACACCACCAACUUGUAUCUGGGUAAUUUAAACCCAAAGAUGACAGAGCAGGAGCUGUGUGAGAUCUUUGGCCGCUAUGGACCCCUGGCCAGUGUCAAGAUCAUGUGGCCCCGAUCACAGGAAGAACGCCAGCGCAAGCGGAACUGCGGUUUUGUUGCCUACAUGAAUCGCAAGGAUGGCGAGCGCGCAAUCAAGCAUCUCAGUGGCCAGGAAGUGAUGGGUUUUGAGAUGAAAAUGGGCUGGGGCAAGGCAGUGCCCAUCCCCCCACACCCAGUAUACAUCCCACCAGCCAUGGUGGAGCUCACGCUGCCGCCACCUCCUUCAGGCCUUCCAUUUAAUGCCCAGCCCCAACGAAAACCCAGUCGGCCUAUUGACCCUCAGACCAUGCCGCCCGAAGAGUUCGAGAAGAUAUUAGCCAACGCAGUAGUGAAAGUGGUUAUCCCUACAGAAAGGAGCCUACUCUGCCUGAUCCAUCGCAUGAUCGAGUUCGUCGUACGAGAGGGGCCAAUGUUUGAAGCCAUGAUCAUGAACCGGGAGCUCAACAACCCCAUGUUCAGGUUCCUCUUUGAGAACCAGAGCCCUGCUCAUGUCUACUACCGCUGGCGGCUCUUCUCCAUUCUACAGGGUGACCACCCUAACAGGUGGCGAACACAGGAGUUCCGCAUGUUUGAAACGGGUUCCCUCUGGAAGCCACCCCCGAUGAACCCAUACCUCCAGGGCAUGCCCCCAGAGCUGGUGGAGAAGGAGCAGGAGGCCUCACCUGCUAAAGAAGAGAACAAGAAGGGCUCACUCAGUGACAGCCAACGAGACAAACUUGAAGACAUGCUGCGUAACCUUACCCCAGAGCGUCCUCGCAUCAUGGAAGCCAUGGUCUACUGCAUUGAACAUGCUGAUGCGGCUGAGGAGAUUGUAGACUGCAUCACCCAAUCGCUGUCCAUCCUGGAAACACCUUUGCACAAAAAGGUGGCCAGGCUAUACCUUAUCUCUGAUGUACUGCACAACUGCAGUGUCAAAGUGGCAAAUGCCUCAUUCUUCAGAAAAGGGUUUCAAGUUUGUCUCCCAGAUAUAUUCAAAGAGAUUCACGAAGCAUUUAACAGCAUUGAAGGACGAUUAAAAGCUGAACAAUUCAAGCAACGUGUGAUGUCCUGCUUCCGAGCCUGGGAGGAUUGGGCAAUCUACCCAAAUGACUUCCUCAUACGUCUGCAGAACAUCUUCUUGGGUCUUGUACCUUCAUCAAAACCUGUGAGCCUGGUGCCAAGCAGUGAGGACCAGUCAACAGAGGGCGAGGCGUCACCUCCUCCACUGGCCAAGGAUGACAUUAUUGAUGACGUUGAUGGUGUGCCACUGUCAACAGACGUCGACCUGGACGGCCUGCCUCUGGUGGGGAUCCCUGUGGCUGACCCAGACCUGGAUGGGGUGCCACUGGGCGUGGUUGAAGACCCGGACAUAGAUGGACAACCGUUGGAGCCGGCCAUCUUGCGCAGGGCGCCGCCAGCGAAAUUCGUGCCCUCCAAGUGGGAGACGGUCGACCCAGAGACGGUGUCCCAGCAGGCCGUCACCACCUCCAAGUGGGACCUACUUGACCAGGGCGAAGAGGAGGAGGAGGAGAGCUGCAGCAGCAGCGUGCGGAAGGCAGGCGCCUCAGCCAGUCCAGCGGUGCACCUCACCACAAGCUGUGCCAGCAGUGCUGCAGCAUCUGUUGACGACGACAUUGAUGGCGAACCACUUGAGAGUUCUCCAAGGGAUGACUCUCAAGACUCCAUGCCUGCACUGGAACUUUUGAAGACUGAGUCGGGAGAAGAAAGAAGAGCCAAGCUACGGGAAAUUGAGCUGAAAGUUAUGAAGUUUCAGGAUGAGCUGGAAUUGGGAAAAAGGCAACGCAAGCCUGGCCUCUCAAUCAGUGCUCAAGUGGAGCACUAUAGGCAGAAGCUAAUCAGAAAGGAUCAGGAGAAGUCCAGUGGAGGGUCGAGUGAGCGUCGUAAAGAGCGCAGUAAACGCUCUCGUUCUCAAUCACGGUCACGGUCACGCUCUCGGUCGCCCAUUUCAAGCCCCCUGGUGGUACGGUCGGGGGUGAGCCAGCGCAGUAGCGGCAGGCUCAGCAGCCCGGUCUCCUCCGAAGGAAAGAGUCGUCGGUCCCGGUCACCACGAUCACCCCGCAGCUCCCGUUCACAUCGAUCACGCUCACCAAAGAAAAGGAGGUCGAGAAGUCGAAGCCCUCAUAAAUCGAGACGUUCACGAUCACGGUCACCCCACAGGCGACGCUCAUCCCAAUCACCUCCCCGAAAGUCUCACAAGAGCAAGAAAAGUAAACACUAAGAGCAGCAAUACCUGUGCUGCUAUGUGUACUGUCACUUUCAUUUGCCUCCAUCUCUGUUCCCUUUAUUUUUUUGUACCUUUUUGGUUGUAUAGUUUAUUUACAUUCCCAUUAAACCAUCACUAAUCAUGCAUUCACCUAAGGGAUCACUGGGAGCAAAUAAAAGUGAUUUGUUAGUAUAA